AUGCUCGGAACUCGUGCUCAGUAUCGUCCACUCUCCAAAGCCACUCUUGCUCGCAAACGGGCCAUGGCUAUCUCCACCGUCAGUAGAGUGAACAAGAUAAAGUCUAGGUACGGCGCACCGUCUCAGCCAUCUCAAUCUACACGCAAGGGCAAGAAGGCCUGGCGCAAGAAUGUUGAUAUUGAAGACGUCGAAGACCGCCUGGAGGGACUGAGAGACGAAGAACGGGAAACAGGCGGCCCGGUGCAUGAAAAGUCUAAUACAGAGCUAUUUGCGGUCGAUGUCCAUGGAGAUGAACAACUCAAGAAACAGAUGCGAAAGCAUCGUCCCCUCAAGUACAUGGAGCUGCUCGCCCGACGUUCGGCGGUUCCUGCCGUCCAUUCCCGUGUCUCUAUCCCAACCCCCACAUCAGAAUCCUCGAAGCCCCGCAUACGCGUGAGUGCCGCUGAGAAAGCUCGACUCCUUCGUAUCGCACACCGGACCAAGAAUCCACUCGAGGCGAUCCAAGGUCGAUCCAAUCUCCCAGCAAGUGAAGCUGUGAAGCGUAGUGGCAAGUACGAUGUCUGGGCUUCGGAGGAUCCCGACGAGGUGUCGCUUAUGCAUGCUAUGCGGACGUCCGAGGCCAAGGAAUACUUGCUCCCGAUUGUCAAGAGUCAUAAAUCCCGAGCACCGCCAUCGGCACCACCUUCGGUUCCUCCCCUCACGAACGCCAUCCUCCCGAAGGCUGUGAUAUAUCCCGAUGCAGGAACAUCGUACAACCCAACGUACGAAGAACACCAGGAGCUCUUACAAGCUGCCCAUGAACGAGAAGUGAAACGGGUAGAAAAUACGGAAAAGGCGGAGGAAGUGAGGAGAAGGAUGGAGGCUGCAUGGGAAAGGAAGGGAGAAAACAUGGUAGAGGGUAUGAUCGUGGACGUCGGGGAAGAAAACGAGGAAGAUGCUCCAGAGGAAGAACGUGUCGACCCGGUCAAGCCACCCCAGAGGAAGACUGCUCAGCAGAGGAGGAAAGCUGCCCGAGUACUCGCCGAGAAACGUUCGCGAGCCAGUCUUGCUCAGAAGCGGCAACAACUGGCAUCUUUAUCGACUCUCAAGUCGCUUCGUCGCACGGUAGCCAACGCCCAGUCUGAAUCUCAAAAAGCCGCGGCUGAGCGAGCAGAAAAGAAGCUUGCUAAGGGGUUGAUGGGGAUGAAGAUAGGAAAACACGUUGUGAAGGAGGGUGAAAUCGACUUUCAGCUUGGGGAAGACUUGCCUGAAAGUUUCCGCGAGCUAAAGCCUGAGGGGAACCUCUGGCGGGACCGCUGGGGAAGCAUGGUAGCUAGAGGAAAAGUCGAGCCUCGAGCUCCGGUAUUGGCUGCCCGUAAGAAGACGAAGACCAAGGAGUACGAGAAACACUCGUACAAACAAUUCGAUGCUCGAAACUAG